AUGGGAAAAAUUUUUCUUUUAAUUUGUAUAAUUUGCCAGCUUGGUUCGAUUGCUGAUACGAUAAAUUGCGCAAAAAAAAGGAAAGAUGCAGUAUACGACUUUAUCGUUGUUGGUUCUGGAGCUGGUGGUGGUACAGUUGCUAGCCGACUUGCUUUAAACGGUUUCAAAGUGCUUGUAAUAGAAGCUGGACCAGAUUACAACACAAGAAAUUCUACAAUUCCUAAUUUUGCAGCAUUCGCUCAAGAUGAUGCCGUAAUUCGAUGGGACUAUCACCCAUAUACCUUUAAUAAAUCCAUAAAUCAAACAAUACUUUAUCCCAGGGCAAGUGCCGUAGGCGGAUGUACAAGACAUACAGAAUUAGUCACAUUUGCAGCAAAUCCUUCUGACUGGGAUAAUAUUGCGAAUGUUACCGGUGAUACCUCGUGGAAUCAUGUAAAUAUGCAACAAUACUGGGAGUUAGUUGAAAAAUGUCAAUAUUGUAAAACAACGCCGCUUAAAGGUGGCUGGCUCAAUGUGGCACAGCCUAUGAGAAAUGUACCUAGAUUAAUGACAAAUCCCAUAAUAGCUAGUCUUUUUGAUACAAUGAAUAAUAACUUCGCUUUCGCUGAUGAUAUUAAUACUCACUUGGAUCAGGAUGGUUGGUGUUACUUACCCGAGUCCUCACUAAACGGCACAAGACAGGAUACAUAUGUUCGUCUCAAAACAGUUCAAAGAUCACACAGUUCUAAUCUAUAUAUUUGGCCAAAUACACUUGUAACAAAAAUAUUAACCAAUGGCGGCGCUAGAAAGUCAGCUUGUGGUGUUCAGUAUAUUAAAGGUUCGCAUUUAUAUAAAGCAAGCCCAUUGUCAACUCAUCAGAAUACAGAUUCGUUGAAGAUACAAGAGAUAUAUGCAAAAAAGGAGAUUAUUGUAUCUGGUGGGCAGUUCAGUACUCCACAAUUAUUGCAGCUUAGUGGAAUUGGAGACAAAGAGAAAUUGAAAAAAUUUAAAAUAAAAAUGGUUCAUCACUUGCCAGGUGUUGGUCUAAAUUUGCAAGAUCGACAAGAAGUUCCGUACGUUCUAAAAAUGUCAGGUGACACUCGAAUUAACAAAGACUGCACAUUAGGAUUGACACCAACUGAUCCAUGUUUAACCCACUAUAAUACAACUCGGAAAAGUCUUUAUGCAUCAAAUGGACUUCUACUGGGUUUCUUGCAUUCUACAUUGCCUAAACAAGCGGUUCCCGAGGUACAGUGCAAAAAGAACGCCCGUACAGAUUUGCAAAGUUGUACUCCUGUGCUCCAUCUCCCAUCUCGUCUAGAGUAUGUGAUUCAUUUGCGUCGCUGA